AGAUGCUGAUGCUGAAAAUGGCAAGACUGGAGAGAACGUGCAAAAGACUAACGCAAGAGAGCCGCAGUCACUCGGGACGGUGAUGUAUUAAGUGACAUGGCGGAGUUUGGUUGGGGUCUGUCAGAAGAUUUGAUAAAGAAAUCUAAGCAGGAAUUAGGGGAAGAUCAGACAAGACGCUUUGAUGAUUUAUCUGAUGUCAGAGAGCAGAUUGAAACUCGACCAGAUAUAACAUUUCUUAGAACAGAUGAUGCAUUCCUUCUGAGGUUUUUAAGAGCCAGAAAAUUUGAUACAGUGGAAGCUUUUAAGUUAUUUGCAAGAUACUUCGAAUUCCGUCAAAACAAUCCAAGUCUUUUCAAGAACUUCAAUGCCUCUGAGCCUGGUAUCAAAGCCUCACUAUAUGAUGGUAUUCCAAGUGUGUUACCGAACUGUGACCAGCAAGGGAGGAAAAUUAUUGUGGUAUUUGCUGCUAACUGGGACAGUGGCCGAUACCAGCUACCCUCAGUCUACAGGGCAAUACUUUUAACAUUAGAGAAGUUAAUCGAUGAUGAGGCCUGUCAAAUUAAUGGAUUUGUCAUCGUUGUGGAUUGGAGUCAGUUUACAUUUGGCCAAUCAAGGUCAUUAAAUCCAAAAGUUUUAAAGCAAAUGGUGGAAGGACUGCAAGACUGCUUCCCAGCUAGAUUUGGUUCCAUUCACUUUGUUAAUCAACCCUGGUACAUUGAAGCUAUCUGCAAGAUCAUCUUGCCAUUCCUGAAAGAAAAAAGUAGAAGAAAGAUACAUAUGCAUGGGAUCAAUUUGGGGACUCUCCACAAUUUUAUUCACAAGGAGGCCUUACCUGCUGAACUUGGAGGAACUUUGCCUGAACACAAUAUUAUGAACUGGGCUGCCGAGCUUGUUGGAGAUGAGAGCUUCAGUUUUGGUGAUAAACACAUAUACUGGCCAGAUCAUUGUUUCAUUAAGAAAAGAUCCGACACAUUCCCUUCCUCUUUCCAUUUGAAACAGAAAUUGGAUCAAAGUGGAGAUUUUAGAAGUAACACCAGACUGGAUGAAGAUUUCUUCCUCAUUGACUGAUGAUAAAUAAAUUCAUGGAGAGUUGAUUGAGAAAUCCUUUACUUUCUAAGUACAUGUAAGGUAUUCAGCUGUAAGAAUUGCCCUCAAAAACUAUAAAGUAUUCAGUUGUCAUGUAUAAUGACAUAACAAUGUGUUUUCUGAAUUGUGCAUGGUACUUGUUGAGUAUCCAUAGAUUUGUGAUUUUGUUUGAUAUAUAUACAUACAUAUGAUAUUAUCCAAAUAUUUGAUUGUGCAAUAUUAUUUAUGCAGCUAUAAGAAAAUGCUUGUGCUCUUGUUAAAGAAUUUGAGAAAAUCCUCAUCAGUUUUUAUUAGGAUGUCUGCCCAUAAUCUCUGUCAAGAGACUUGGAAGCAGGUUAUACAUUUGCGUGUGUUUUUUUUUUUAUUUGCAAGAUCAAUCAAAAAAAGAUUUUAGUGAAUUUUGAAAAUACAUGUAUGUGUAAGGUGUGCCAUUAGAAAUUUUGAAAUGAAUUUCUUUUUUAGAUUGAACACACAUUUAAUUGAGCCAAAAUAUUUAGUUUUAGCUGUUGUCUAACUGUAGUCAUUGUUACACUGUAACUUCUACAAAUUACAAAAUCAGGAGAAAGUUUCAAGUUUACACACACACACACCCUAACACCCCUCCCCCACCUAUAAACAUGUUUAAGAACAAAGUUUUACCAAAUUUUUUGAACUUUUCAUUAUUAUAUUAAUGAAAAAAAUAGGUAUUAUUAUAUUGAAGUUUCAGUAUUAUUCAUGAAAAAAAAUUCAUGAAAUUUUUUAAGCAUUGAUUAUUUUCAGGUUUUUUUUUUUAAUUCAUGUUUCAUGAAAGCAGUUGAAAAGAAUGAUUCAUGAAAUUUGAUAUUACUGGUAAACUAUUAUCCACAAUAAUACAUGCAUAACUCUGCUACAUGUAUAGUCCUUAGUCCUUACUAGUGCCAUUAGCUAUCUUCAUACAAUAGAUAGGUAUGUUAGGAUAGUACAUGUUCUUCCAAACAAAUUCAGUGAAAUGAUCUGAAGGGUUUAGUGCAAUAUGUUUAGACUUUAACCUCAUGUCUUUCGUCACUGAUCAGUGUGAUUAGAGUGUCUCCUGUAAUCCGUGAACUUCUUGAUAGUUCCCUGGCUGAAGAACUUGAGUAUUGGUAAGUCUUCAUCUGUAAUCUUGUUCUUAUUGCUAUUCCUGUCAGGAAAGUAUAAAAUACCUUCUUUUUUCAUUGUUCCCUUUUCUUUCAGAUGAAUCAAUAAAAUAAGAAAUUGCUGAAUACUGGUAAAGUAAUAGAAAAAGUUGUUUUACAAAAUACUAAUUUGUAGUUACGUAUUCUACCUCCAAAAAUUAGUGGAAAUUACCAUGGAAAUUAAUUGCAUGUGCAACAUAGAGAAAAUGUUGCGCAAGUCCUAUGGUCUAAGUCCUAUAGUCAAUCUCGCAUACUCGUAUGCAAAUUGAGCAUUGGUUUUUGACACUGAAAAUAUUUAAUUUGAAAAUGCAGUGUAUUGUGGCAUUAAUAUACUUUUCAUAAAAAUUUGAAUUGGGAGUUUGAGCAAUAUUUGUCAUAUAUACUAAAAGCAAAGAGAAAAAGUUUCUGAGUCAUCAAUCAUAAAUACUUGAACAUAUUAUAUAGCAAUAACUAUAAACAUAUUGUUACAAGUCAAAUUUAAAAGAAUUGUUGAGAGAAAAAAUAAUAAUAUUUUCUUCACCAUAAAUCAAGUCUCAAACCAGAAGGCACAUUUCUAUCAGAAAUUUCUGGUAGAAAAUAUAUGACAAUAUACACAGUAUACAUGAAAUCCAGUCUUCUUUUUUGUAAUAACAUUUUUGUAGGUUUAUAUGAGACAUAAACAGGCAAAAUAGUGAAAAUACAUGUAUUAGCACAUUAUGGUCCCACAAUCACUUGUUUUGUAUAAUAAAAUGAAUAAUAAUGAUAUUAUACUAUGGGUUAAAAAAUAGUGGAUGUGUAUGGUUCAUUGAGUUGAUUUUGAAAUAUUAGAAUUAUUGUUAUGAAUUUUGUUUUCAGUAUUGUCUGAAUAAAUCACUUAUCCUAAAUAAAAUCAACCAAUGUU